AUGGCUUACUCCAAUUUCUCGACAAGUUAUAAGCAUUGGGAGCCCCCCAACUAACAAAAACUUUUUAUAAAUUUUAGGAAUCGAAAAUCAUCUUCUAGAAGUAGGAGUAUCCAAAUCGUUUUCAUCCCCAAUUUUGGGUUUCUUCCAUCAGUUCGUAAAAAUGAACAAGCUGGGGUUUGCGCGCAAGGAGAAAGUUCAGCAAUUCAUGGCCGUAACUGGGGCAAGUGAGAAAGUUGCUAUUCAGACUAUGAAGACCCAUGAUUGGCAUCUUGAAGGAGCAUUGGAAGCAUUCUACAACGAGGGAAAUGCUAAGGUAGUUCAGGAGAAAAAUCGAUGGGAGCUGCUUUUCAAUAAAUACAAAGACCCGAAGGCUGACAUGAUUAUGGCUGAUGGUAUUAGCAACCUCUGCAAUGACCUUCAGGUUGAACCUCAGGAUAUAGUUAUGUUGGUGCUUUCAUGGCACUUUCAAGCUGAAACCAUAUGUGAAUUCUCCAAGCAGGAGUUCGUUGGUGGAGUACAGUCUCUUGAAAUAGAUUCAUUGGAGAAGUUCAAGAAAAAAAUCCCAUUUUUGAGAUCUGAGCUGAAAGAUGAAGAUACUUUCCGUGAAAUUUACAACUUUGCUUUUGAUUGGGCAAAAGAAAAG